UUCGCAUAGUUGAAGCAUCAGUUAGUGAUUCGGUUCUGGUGAACCACCGUCGUGUGUGCCCUCUGUGUAUAAUGUAAACAUUAGCCUGAGGAAUGCAUUUAGACAGUAGGUGUUGGAACAUUAUCAUGAGCUGUGAUAACGUGGCGGCGAGUCGGCGCGGCUCAGUAAGCGACGAGGGGUCGCGUGGAGCGGUCGCGUGUAACUUCGCUGUCGGACAAGUGACGUACGAAAGCACUCUGUGUUCGCGCUCGCGUACGCGCCGCAUUCCAUCGUGGGGGCCCUUCGCCGCCAUUGGCCGAUCCCGCGUGACGUCACUCCUCGUAAUGAGGUAUUCAACAUGGCCGUGUAGCUAGUUCGCGAGUGUGUUUCGUUAUUCGUUUGAAUGGAUUUAAUCAGUGAAAUAUGCCAAGGAGACGAAACGGUGAGAUACCCUUGCCCGACGGAUGGGAUUACGCGAGGGACUUUGACGGAAAACUGUAUUUCAUCGAUCACAACAGUAGAAAAACGACGUGGAUCGACCCGCGAGACAGAUACACGAAGCCACAAAGCUUCGCGGACUGUAUCGGGAAUGAGCUCCCUCUCGGUUGGGAGGAGGCCUACGAUCCUCAGAUCGGGCCUUACUACAUCAACCACGUCAAUCAGGUGACGCAGCUAGAAGACCCGAGGCUAGAAUGGCUCAGCAUCCAGGAGGCCAUGUUGAGGGACUACCUCCACACGGCCCAAGAGGCGCUGGAGGCAAAGAAGGAGAUGUACGAUGUGAAGAAACAGAGGCUGUGUUUGGCUCAAGACGAGUACAAGCAUCUCAACAACGCUCUGUCAACUCUAGCUACCUCCAGAACCAGUUUGUGUUCAUCAACCACGUCAAUGACGACAACCUCAACGACGUCACGACACGACCCCGAGCUCCUCCGGUCCGAAGUGACUCAGGCGCGGGGUCGCGUCGCCCAACUACGCAAGGAGUUGCGCCAAGCGAGAGCUGAGGUGGCCAGCGCUCGGAGAGGUGUCGACACGCUUGCUGAAGUGGAACAAAAACUAAAUUCCCAACAAGGCUGCUAUAAUAUCACCGAGGCCCAGGCUAUCAUGACUGAGCUGAAGAAUAUACAGAAGUCAUUGACGUCUGGGGAGAAAGAACGGGCUGAUCUUAUGCAGUCGUUAGCGAAACUGAAGGAUGAUUUGACGAGACUCCAAUUAGGAGACGCGUCUCCAGAUCUGUCAACGCUAAGUCUGCCCCAAGAAAAGUUGAGCACCGCCUCUCAAACGGACCUUUGCGCUGAUCUAGUUCCAAUCGGUACGAGAUUAGCAGAAAUGGCGAGAGUCCGGUUGCAGUACGAUGAAGCUAGGAAACGAAUACAGCAGAUCCAGCAACAAUUAGCAGACCUUGAAGACAAAGUGCAACCUGGUCAAGCGGAGUCUGAUAAAGACCGUCUGCUGCUUUUCCAAGAGAAGGAGCAAUUGUUAAGAGAACUGAGGAGUAUAACCCCGAGGACGAGGUCGAAACAAGAGAUGAGCGACAUCCAAUCGGAGUGCAAAAGGCUAGAGCAGGAUUUGAAGAAUGCGUUUGAGAUGUCCAAUAAGUGUAUAGCGGAUAGACUAAGGCUUCAUGAAGAGAAGCAGUUGCUGUUACAGCAGUUGAAAGACGCUUUGACGUCUAUGACGACGUUGGAAGGGCAGUUGAAGACGUUGUCAGCUAGUACUCUGUCAGUGUCGAGUAGUUCCAGCUUAGGAUCCUUGUCGACUGCGAGCAGUAAAGGAUCUUUGAGUUCUGGCAUUAGUUUCACGGACAUUUACGGCGGGCCGCAGAUUGCGAGCUCGUUUCAAGCGGACAAACCUAUUGAUAUGGUGGAUCUACAUCGAAGAGUGGAAAGGCUACUGCGAGGUACCAGCUACAACGCUGAUAGCGUAACGCCUGGAGCAAGCAGUUCACCUUCACAACCUUCGUUAUCGCCUAGAAGUAGUCUGUCUUCUGCCAGUCCACCACCACCCCCACCUUCUUAUAAUCAGGUGGAAAGGCAAAGACGACAGCAAAGAGAGCUUGAAGAGAAGUUAGCAGAGAUGAGGAUAGGUGUCGCCACGGGCAUCAACGAGGUCACUGGACUUGCUACAAUUCCAGUCCAACUGCAAGGCCCGGGGCGGCCCAGCGAGCCGUUGUCCCCUAUUUCAGAGACACCCCCACCACCGCUCUCGCCAAGAACUCCCUCAUCUAGUGGUACAAAUACUAGAUCAGUGUCGGCGGCAGUGAGCGACGAGUCGGUGGCGGGAGACUCCGGCGUGUUUGAAGCGGCGCAGGCGCAGAACGAUCCCUCCAACGCCGUGAACAGUGCGCAAAUUGAGAUCAAAUUGCGGUACUGUCCAGACGAGGGCGCGCUUGAGAUCGGGAUCCUGCGCGCGCGCAACUUACACGCGCUCUUCAUCGAUGUUGGGACGGAAGUAGCGGUCCGAGGAGCCCUAGUGAUAGGCGGGGGCUGCGGCAUCGCGUUCGGUAGCACGGCUCUGGCGUGGCGUGGCGCGACUCUGGCGUGGCGUCACAUACAGCGGGCGACUGUUGCGGGCGCGAGAGCGUUGCGGGCUGCCACGUUGCAGGUCAACCUUACUAGCGGGACUGAGUGCUUGGGCUGCGCGCAAGUCAGCCUGGCUGACUACGACUCAGAGACAGUUCUGCAGAAGUGGUAUAACGUGCUGAGCUUCAGGUGUAUGAGGAGGGACGAGAGUUCUGACGAGUCUACCGUCAUAUCCUCGCAGACUUCCACUCUCACGAGGAAUAGAGGUCCUGAGAGUAUGAUGAGCGCGGAAUGCAACGUGGACUGUGGGGACAACUCGGCGUCAGACGACGAGGAGUCCAGGGAACCGCUCAACCAGAUAGUAGAAGAAGACUCAUUCGAGGACUACAUUCCCGAGGACAUAGCACUAGAGGAGGAGUUCCUGCAUCCAUCCACCGCUGAGAAGGAAACCAACACGGAAUGCAACUUCUGUCCCGAAGGCGCUCGGCAGCUGCAUAGGCGGAAAAGCCAACAAGUAAACGCCAAUCCCGAAGAGCCUCUAGCUACAAUAAAGAGAUCUCAAACGUUUUCGCCGCAACCGCAAAGCAUCGGUAAAGGACAGUACAUUUGCAGGCUAAACCGCUCGGAGUCGGACUCGUCGAUGGCGCUGUACGCGCGCCGCACGCUGCAGCCUCCGCCCACUGGCAUUCCCUUCGACCGGACGGUGCGCGAGCGACGCUCGCUCAGAUGGGGCCGCGUGUCAGGCGGCGCGGCGCGUCGCAGCCAGCGCGUGCGCACAGCAAGGACGUCUCUGGACUUGACUUUGGACCUGCGCGCGCAGAACGACCGUCUUAGCGACCUGCGCAACGAGAUCAGCCAUCUUGCGCUUUUGAAGAAGAGCCAGCGCAUGCGCACAGCAAGGACUUUUUUGGACCUGGCUUAUCGACCUGCGCAACGAGAUCAACCAUCUUGCGCUUUUGAAGAAGAGGUACGGAAUUUUAUUGGCUUUUGUUUGAUAUAUUGUGGUGUGAUAGCCAGCGCGUGCGCACAGCAAGGACGUCUAUGGACCUGCGCGCGCAGCGACCGCCUUAGCGACCUGCGUAACGAGAUCAGCCAUCUUGCUCUUUUGAAGAAGAGGUUGGAAGAGGCGUGCGCCCGCAGCGAUCCCUCAGUCGCCGCGUGGGCAGCCGAAGACGAGACUCUCCGGCGCCUCCUGUCCGGGCCGCCGGAGCCCGGGGACCGCGCCGCGCGCCUGCUGCACCGCACCUGCCGCGAGAUCUACCGGCUGCGGCGCUCGCGCCAGGGCGGCAGGAAGCCCGACCUCGUCACCUUCAAGUGAGUGUCUUGAGGACUA